AUGGCAUCGUCAUCUUCAAAUGUGGUUGGAGUGCACUACCGAGUGGGCAAGAAAAUAGGAGAGGGCUCCUUUGGUGUGAUUUUCGAGGGGACAAACCUCCUCAAUAACCAGCAAGUUGCCAUUAAAUUUGAACCGAGAAAGAGUGAUGCACCUCAGCUUCGGGAUGAGUACAGAACAUACAAGAUUCUAGUCGGCUGCCCCGGAAUCCCUAAUGUCUAUUACUUUGGCCAAGAAGGCCUGCACAAUAUUCUCGUGAUCGAUCUGCUCGGCCCUAGCCUGGAAGAUCUUUUCGAUCAUUGCAAUAGACGGUUCUCCAUCAAGACCGUGGUCAUGGUGGCCAAGCAAAUGCUUUCGCGAGUGCAAACAAUACACGAGAAGAACUUGAUCUACCGCGACAUUAAACCCGACAACUUCCUCAUUGGCAGGCCCAACACCAAAGCAGCGAAUGUCAUCCACGUCGUCGAUUUUGGCAUGGCCAAACAAUACCGAGACCCAAAGACGAAGCAACAUAUCCCUUACCGUGAACGCAAAUCCUUAUCGGGAACGGCCCGAUAUAUGAGUAUCAAUACACAUUUGGGACGAGAACAGUCACGACGAGAUGACCUGGAGGCUCUUGGGCAUGUUUUCAUGUACUUCCUGAGGGGUGGACUUCCAUGGCAAGGGUUAAAGGCCGCCACCAACAAGCAAAAGUAUGAGAAGAUCGGAGAAAAGAAACAAACCACGGCCAUCAAAGAUUUGUGUGAAGGCUUUCCUGAGGAGUUUAACAAGUAUCUGAGCUAUGUCCGAAACCUCGGCUUUGAGGAUACUCCCGAUUAUGACUUUCUGCGGGAUCUGUUUACCCAGGCGUUGAAGAAUGCCGGUGAGGUGGAAGAUGGUGAAUACGACUGGAUGAAAUUGAAUGGAGGCCGUGGUUGGGAGGCCGCCAAGUCUCAUCCUUCUGCCCAUCAUCUACACAACGUCCAUCCCCCCCCUGAGGCGUCAGCGCGGGCUCUACAUGGAGCAUCUGGGGUUCGGGCUCAAGAAGGACAACGGCCAUCGCGCGAUCGAGGAGCAAUAUCAGCGGAUCGUUUAAACGCCGCGCAGCCCCCACCGCCGUCCCCAGCGAAGCCAGGAGUGGCGGCCAUGGGGAAGAGCGCUCGAGAUCGCACAAGCGGCGCCGCUGGGGGCAACCUACCGAAGAGAAGUAGUGGAUUAGCCGGGCAGAUGGAUCUCAAUACUCCUCCGGCGUCAACUCAAGCCCAAUUCCAGAACAGCAAUGCCAAUCUGGUCGGCCAGCAACCCAGAGUGAGCCCCGCUAUUGGAGCCAUGCAAAACAAUCAGGGACGUCCCACUCAACAACAGGAACAACAACAUGGCUUCUUUCACAAGAUGAUGAAGGCAUUAUGUUGCGGUAGGUACCGCACCAACGAAUUGAUUGGAUAA